AUGGUGAGGACGAAGGACGGGGACGGUAUAAACAGCGGGAUUAUAGUAACCGAAGUACAGAAACGACCGUGUCUGUACGAUAGUAAUGAUAUGAAUUAUGGUGAUCGCGCUGAGAAGAUGAAGAGUUGGGAUGAGGUUUACGCGAGUGUGGUGCCAGGCUGGAGUGGACUCUCUCAGGAGGAGAGAUCAACCGCUGGUAAAGAGGUCCAAAAGAGAUGGCGCUCUAUCAGGGAUUCAUACACGAAGGCUUUCAGGCAGGGCAAGUGUCCACCUCCCGAACAAUGUGGGCCCGGGAGUAGGAGAUAUCAAUAUCAUAGGCAGAUGUCCUUCCUAUUGAAGGCUCUACAGAACAAAAAACCACGUUACUCUCAAGACAAAUACGAAUCAUUCUCCGAAGUAUCAAACUCGCCACAGCAUCCGGCUCCCGAAGAUGUGCCGCGGGUCAAGAACGAGAUCACUGACAAGCCUCUGGACCUCAAAACGAAACCGGAAACAGCUGAGCGACCGGAAACACAAGACAAAUACAGCCAGGCAUCCAUAGACAAGAAGUUAGAUAUAGCAGACGCUACAAACAUACUACCAAACGAUCAUUUCGACGAUGAUAAACUAUUCAUGAAUUCAUUACUACCGUUAUUCAAGAAAAUGACAGAUGAUACGCGACUCUUGUGUAGAAUAGAAGUGUUGAAGAUCAUAAGGUACGCGCUGCAAGGAAACCAAGCAUUUGAUACGCCUAAAAUGAACGAAGAUAACUUCAAGCAAGUUAAUGUAGUUGAGAAUAAGGCGGAAAACACACUGUCUAUGACUACACGAUCGGCUGACGGGAGCAGACCUAUCAGAAAACGAAGGGCUCGAUCUCCAUCACCACUUCCUGUACCACCAAAACGAAGAGGACCAGGUCGGCCCAGGAAGAUCCGUCCACCUCCCUCUGAUUCAGAUGAAGAUGUUCCUCAUAAAAGAUUUCCCAAACUGAAGACAUCUGUUGAUUCUCACGAUGAGGAUUAUAAUAAAGCAACCAGCGUAGCUCAGUUGUCCACACCAAUGUUCAUGAAGAUGUACAAUUUGGAAAGAUCAAAAGUAGCUCCAAUAACACCUCCACAAUCUAUGCUCGUCUCUGUAAAGACAGAACCCCUCGAUACACAGUCAGUCAAUCCAAUAUAG